AUGGAGCUAGUUUACAGCAAGACCUUCGUGAGCUUCCAGGAGGUGCCCCUGCGCGCACCUCGGACUAAGAGCAUGCCGAACCUGUUCAAAACAGACCUCGACGUGCAGGAUGCCAAAGCACUGGAAGCCAACCUCGAGCAAAAGAUCAAGGAUCUUGCGAGACGUGUGGGUGGAUGGAAUGAUGGCGAGGUCGGAGACCGAUUGAAUGCUUCAGCCGGAAGCAAUGCGGGCGCGGAUCCACGACCCGCGACGGAGCUGUGGUUGCAGGUUGAUAACCAUCAGCAAGUUUCACACGAUCAACACAAAUGGCGCGUGCCAGUUGAGGAGGCCCCAACCGAGGAUGGCGCGGGGUUGGAUAUUCCACCACCCGCAGCAGAUCUGCGAGCGCAGGUCGCUAAUCAUCAGCAAGCUUCACACGAUGAAGACGAAUGGGGCAUGCCGGUUGAGGACUCCCGUUUGCAGGAGGCCCCAACCGAGGAUGACGCGGGGUUGGAUAUUCCACCACCCGCAGCAGAUCUGCGUGGAGCGCAGGUACCAGAAGAUGCAGCUCAAGCGCCCCCUGCAGGUGUUGUGGUCCUUCCCGUCGCACCCCGCCGCCGCAUUUUCAACAUUGGCUCGAUUGCCCAUCCGCAGGUAUGCCGGCGUCCAUGUAUGUUUUUCUUGGCUGGUCAGUGUCGCAAUGGCGUCGACUGUGGCUUCUGCCACCUACCCCACAAUUACCGCCCCAUUGUUCCAGAUCAGUUUCAGCGGAGCUGCAUGCGCAAGGCUUCCCUGGCCGAGCUCACUGUGGUUGUCCUGGAGCAUCUUGAAGUGAAGUUGGCUGCCUCCGGCUAUAUCCGUUUGGGAACUCUUCUGUUAGAGGUGUUGCGCGGCAGUGUGGUCAAUUACCGCACUCGCGUGCUCCGGGCGAACGAGACGGAGUGCCUGAAGAUGCUUUUCAGGCGGAUGACGAUCGGAGGCUUGGUACAGGUGAUCUUGAACAAGGCGCCAGAGGGGGCGUUUGCGGAGAGGCUGGAGCAGGAGCUGUUGCACCUCCGAAUGCGUGUGACGUAUGGAUAG